AGGAAUCCCACAUCACAUUAUCUUCUUUCAGCUAAUAAAAAUAUUCUAUGGUUGAUACCAUAAGACUUCAACUAUAGGAAGGACUCUAGAUUAAAACCUUUUGAAAGGGAUUUUAAGAUAAGGCUGGAAGCACAGAAACCAUUAUUUUUUAUUCUCCAGCAAACAGGAACCCGCUUGAUAGGGAAACCACAACCACUCUGUUCACAGAAACCGUAUGAAGCACAAAUUAUGUUGACACAACUUUAAGAAGAUCCAUUUGAGAAAAAUAAAAGUUCGUUUUGGAUUAACAGAAAUGGGCAAUUCAGGUGCAGAUCAAGUUUUAGCCUUGCUGGACCAAAUGUCAGUGCUUGUAUUCAUUGCAGCUGUUCUUCUCAUAAUCUACUUGAUUACUCGCUUCAUCAGAUUUGCGAACAGAAGCACAAGGAUUUCUCACAGGGCUCUUCGAAAUCAAUUAGUACAAGAAAACACAUCAAUGGUGACCAUGCCGAUUGGACUGGAGAGACAGGUUAUUGAGGCUCUGCCGACAUUUGUGUACAAACCACAGCAGAUGAAGAUGGUGCUUGACUGUGCAGUUUGCCUGUGGGAAUUCCAGAAUAAUGAGAAAGGCAGGGUUUUGCCUAAUUGCAACCACAGUUUUCAUAUAGACUGUAUUGAUAUGUGGCUCUUUUCUCACUCUACAUGCCCUGUUUGCAGAACAAAAAUUGAGGGCUUUUCUCCUGGAAAAAGGCCCGAAUUGCCUGCUAGUGAGGACUUACGAGCUGUUUCUGGUUGUGGGCAUGGCAGUAAAGGCCAGACGAGCUCUAGCCCAGCAGAUAUGGAUGAAGCAAAACCUUUGCCUGAAACUGCUGUUGGCAUAUCUGUGUAAAUAUCAAAUUGCUUUUGACAGCAGCUAAAUUUUACUUUUAUUUGGAAUCACAA